GAAUUUAAUGGCGGACAAAGUAAACAAGUCUGUAAAACGAGUGUGUGUGACUGGAGCAGCGGGAUACAUCGGAUCAUGGUUGGUCAAAAAUCUUCUGGAAAGGGGCUACACUGUCAACGCCACCCUUAGAGACCCAGGGGACGAGAAGAAAUCUAGGCCUUUGAUGGAGUUGCUGGGGGCAGAGGAAAGGCUUAAACUUUUUAAAUCUGAUUUAUGUUUAGAGGGCAGCUUCGAUUCUGCAGUGGAGGGUUGUCAUGGAGUUUUUCACGUGGCAAGUCCCAUGGAUUUUACCAAAGCUAAUCCAGAUGAUUUUAUUGCACCUGCUGUAAAUGGGAUGCUCAAUGUUAUGAAAGCCUGCGUAGGAGCUAAAUCUGUUAGACGUAUAAUUUUCACUUCAUCACUUACAGCGGCUUCUCCAAUGAAUGACAAUGGGGAAUUCGUCCAAACAUGCCUUGAUGAAAGAAGUUGGAGCCCCCUAAAUCUCCUUUAAGUCUCAGACAACUAAUUCAGCUUGGUAUAUGAUAGCUAAGACAUUAGCAGAACAAGAGGCCCUUAAAUAUGGUCUUAAUAAUGGCAUUGAAGUGGUGAGCAUCCUACCAGGUUUGGUGAUUGGACCUUGGCUUACAACUACGAGUGUUAUAACGUCUGCUCAAACAAUAUUAGCUCUCAUUGGAGGAAAUGAUAAAUUUUAUGAGGUGAUCAAGUUUCUCGAUUUCAUGUUGGGAUCUAUACCAAUUGUUCAUAUUGAUGAUAUAUGCAAUGCCCACAUAUUUCUGAUGGAACAUACCAAUGCUCAAAAUCGCUAUAUUUGUGCAUCUGAUUCUUUGAGUCUCAAAUCUCUCAAAGAUUUCCUUGCUAAACAUUAUGUACAACUCAAGAAUUCUCUCAUGUUGGAUGAUGAUGAGCAAAUUGAGAGGUACCUGCCUGUUUCUUCAAAGAAACUGUUGGACAUGGGUUUCUCUUACAAGUAUGGUUUACCAGAAGCUUUUAAGGAAGCCAUGGAAUAUGUCAUAAAGAAUGAACUAUUGAAGUUGUAAUCAGUAACCUAUAAUUUGUAAUAGUUGAUUUAUGAAAUGUUGCUUUCAGAUGUAGUCCUAUUUUCCUUAUAGCACAAUGUUCUAUUGGUUGCAAUCAUUUCAUGUAUUUCACUUCUUUCCAGGUCACAAUUCUUAUUUUCUUCAAUCAAGAAGAAAAUAUUUUAAUUUAGAUUAUGAAGAGUUCUAUAAAAGAUGUAAUAUGAUUAGUUCGUGUGGGCAGGUAGAAUAUUAAUGUAUUUAUCCAAAAAAAAUUUCUAAAGUUUUUACUCUUUUUUAUUUA